AUGUCGAGAAGAUACGAUUCCAGAACCACCAUCUUUUCCCCCGAAGGGAGAUUGUACCAGGUGGAGUAUGCACAGGAAGCCAUUUCCAUGGCGGGAACCGCCAUUGGCAUAUUGUCAGCCGAGGGAGUCGUCUUGGCGUGUGAGAAGAAGGUCACCUCCAAGUUAUUUGACAACGACGGCUCCGCUGAAAAGCUUUAUGUGAUCAACGACAACAUGAUCUGUGCCGUGGCUGGUAUGACCGCAGAUGCCUUCAUCUUGGUCAACAACGCCAGAGUGCAGGCCCAGCAGUACUUGAAGACCUACAACGAAGAGAUCCCUUGCGAGACCUUGAUCAAGAGGGUAUGUGACAUCAAGCAAGGCUACACACAACACGGUGGUUUGAGACCGUUUGGUGUCAGUUUCUUGUACGCUGGCUACGACGACAGAUACGAGUUCCAAUUGUAUACAUCCAACCCAUCCGGGAACUACUCCGGCUGGAAGGCCACCUCCAUCGGUGCCAACAACUCGGCUGCCCAGACGUUGUUGAAGAAAGACUACAAGGACGACUUGUCUUUGAAAGAUGCCUGUGAGUUGGCCAUCAAGGUGUUGUCCAAGACCAUGGACUCUUCCACCUUGAACAGCGAUAAGCUUGAAUUUGCCACCUUGAGCUUGUCCAAAGUGCAUCCUGGCAAGGUCAUCCACAAAGUUUGGAGCGAUAAUGACAUCGACACUUUGAUCAAGGAAAGUGGUGUAUUGGAUGACAAGAACCAAGACGACGAAUAA